GAACCUCAGAUCUGUGACCGUUUGGAAACAAGUGAACGUCAUAGAAACUUGGGGUUUUGAAAGCUUGUGAUUAAUGUAUUGGAUAUUGAAUGCUAGGGCAUUUCAAUUGUUGCUAGGACCUCGCUACGUAGUGUUUAAAUUAUUAUUCAGCGGUCAUAAUAAGCGCCACAGUUGUUCGUAUGCUACCUUAUCGCGGAGCAAGACUCAAGUCUGCUAUUUAGUUUCUUUGGAUUUCACCUAGACAGGUCAUUUGUUGCUCAGGAUCGGAAUUACGAUUUUGCCUCUGCUGCUUUUAAAAUUAAGAAUCAUAUUUUCAUCUGAACAUUAGUUCAGGUCUGAUAAAAGUUUCAACUCGAAAGUACCAUUUAAUUUUCGGGUGUUCCUCUUUGGAAACAUCUAAAAUAAUAUUGAAGAAGUUCUCUUUUCUCGAUGCACCUAUCUUCAAACGGGAAUUUUUAUUUUUGAACUCACUUGUGAAUUGUAUUUACAUUGAAAUUUUCAUUCAUGGGUUAAUUUGAACCGAUGACUUCUAAUAAGCCCUUUGAAAAGGCAAAGGUAGCACGGGCACCACUUGUCUAUAGGGCACAUGUCUACAAUCCAUAUGUCAAAAAUAUCCUUAUUGGAGGUGGUUUGAUGGUAUUAGGAGAGAUUUGUGCACAAUCUAUCAAAAUGGUUUAUGCUUCUUCAGAACCUAAUGAGCAUAAAACCGCUAGUUCUAGUGAUAAGGAUUUUGUUAUGGAGGCGAAAAAAGUGAGGAAGUCCUGGCUGGAGAUUGUUCGCAGUUAUGAUCCAAAGAUGAUUGCUAGACAAGGUGCUAUCGGUUCAUUUCAAGGGUUGUAUCAAUACAUUUACUACAGCUGGUUGGAUAAAGUGCUUGUCGGUGCUUCAUUGUCAGUAGUAGUGAAAAAAGUGUUAUUGGAUGAAUUAUUUUUAGGUCCCAUAAGCUUGGUGAUAUUUUUUACGUAUAACGGCUUCUGUGAUACAUUUACAGUGGCUGGUGCUAUGGAUCGGUGCUAUCAUUCAUUUAUUCCUGGUUAUCUAUCAGAUCUAGCUUUUUGGCCGCUUUUACAAAGUAUCAAUUUCGCUUUUGUACCCACUGCUUAUCGUGUCCUGUAUGUGGCAUUUUUUACCAGUAUCUGGAAUACUUAUUUAUGCUUUUUCAAUGCUCGAAUGAGCGCCAACGCUUCUCAACAUAAUGAAGACAAAGAGGAGAACAGUCAACUUCAGAAGAUUAAAUAACACUACUAUUGGCAACUUUUCGCUUCUGAAUAUUUCACGUCCAUAACCUGAAUAUUAAACAUUUAGUCAGAUUAUUAUUAUUGUCAUUGCUAUCACUUCUCAGAUAGAAUACGCCAGGACAUUUUAUUCACUUCCCCUAGAACACAAUUCAGAGAGAAGAGAACUCUUCAAAAAUAAUCAUUUUUGUGAAAGGAAAUUAUAUUUCUCCAUAAUCAUCUUGUUUCGUCAUUUCGAUAUCAUCUUUGUUAUUUCAUCUUUGUUGUUGUUCUCAAACCUCAUGUAUUUUAAAAUUUGAUGCUCGCAAUGCUAAAAGAUUCUUUGGUCUUCAUUCUUUUCUUUUUUUUCUCGUUUCGAGAGCAUCACAAGCAUGUGCAUUCGAAAAACAAAGAACAUUUUCAUUAAUAUUCACUCAUAUCAUUCUUCUUCUAGUGUAAAAACAUUUCAGUAAUUCACAAUCUCUUAUUAUUAUUAUUGUUAUUUUCUCUCUUUUUCUAAUUACACUAUCAUCUCCUACUUGUGCACCAGUAAUAAAAGAAAUACAUAAUCUGUUGUAUAUUUUAAAGAGGAAAUAAUGAUUAAUCUUUAUUUAUUUAUUUAUUAUAUUCAGGCUUGUAACAGUGUAGAUUGUUUAUCUAUAUAAAUUAAGUGAGAAGUUCUUCGCCCCGCCCCCUCCCUCCCCGCUCAUUUAAAUGGUAAUAUCAUUGAGACACC